GAGCAGGCCCCGAGCUGGCGGUCUACGCCGCAGCUCCUUGGAACGCGUGUCCCGUCCAGCCCUCUUCGGCCCGGGGCUGCAAGGUCCACGGGCUGAGGAGCCCCAAAGCCGAGGACUGUGCGUUCAGAGCUAGCUACUCCACAGCCUUCUCUAACUUCCCCACCCCACAGCCCCACCCAUUAGCACGCGGUCUCCCCGGAGGCCCGCAGGAGACACCACCGUCCCCGCCCCUCCACAGGUCAUCUCCUUCCACGCCCCUUUCCCUCGGCCCUGGCAGCCGGCAGGCAGGGAAGUGUCGUAAAGCCAGGCCCAGGAAACUUUACCCGGGGUAACAGCCGAGGCGCUUUACGGCGACGGCGGUAGAGUGUGAGCCUUGGUGGCGGAGGAGGCGGCCGCGGCGGCGAGGGAGGCGGCGGCGGCUGAGGAGGAAGAGGAGUGGCGGCAGUGGCGGCGGGGACCUGUGCGGGGAUGGCGGAGGUACCGCCUGGGCCUAGCAGCCUCCUCCCACCACCAGCACCUCCGGCCUCGGCGGCGGCCGAGCCCCGCUGUCCCUUCCCGGCGGGGGCCGCCCUCGCCUGCUGCAGCGAGGACGAGGAGGACGACGAGGAGCACGAAGGCGGCGGCAGGAGCCCGGCGGGCAGCGAGGCGACGGCUGCGACCAAGGGGCGUCCGUGCCUCCGCUGCCCUCAGCCGCCGCAGGAGCAGCUGCAGCUCAACGGAUUGAUCAACCCCGAACUGCGGCACCUACGGGCGGCCACCUCUCUCAAGACCAAGGUUUUGAGUGCGGCCGAGGCGGCCACGAUCACGGCCACCCCCGACGGGGGUCCCAGAGUGACUGCAACAAAAGGAGCCGGGGUACACUCGGGCGAGGGCCCCCCUCAUUGCCUCCCCAAUAAUGCGAGAACUGCGCUCCCCAGCCCGGCAGAGGCAGCGGCGGCGGCGAGCGAUCCCGCGGCGGCCCGCAAUGGACUGGCGGAGGGCACCGAGCAGGAGGAGGAGGAGGACGAGCAGGUGCGGCUGCUGUCUUCAUCCCUGACCGCCGGCUGCAGUAUAAGAAGCCCCUCAGGCAGGGAGGUUGAGCCUGGGGAGGAUCGGACGAUACGUUAUGUCCGAUAUGAAUCCGAGCUACAAAUGCCCGAUAUCAUGAGACUGAUCACCAAAGAUCUGUCUGAACCCUACUCCAUUUAUACCUAUAGAUAUUUUAUUCACAACUGGCCACAGCUGUGCUUCUUGGCCAUGGUAGGGGAGGAGUGUGUAGGUGCCAUCGUUUGCAAGUUGGAUAUGCACAAAAAGAUGUUCCGCAGAGGUUAUAUAGCCAUGUUAGCCGUGGAUUCCAAAUACAGGAGAAAUGGCAUUGGUACUAACUUGGUUAAGAAAGCUAUAUAUGCCAUGGUUGAAGGAGACUGUGAUGAGGUUGUUUUGGAAACGGAAAUAACGAAUAAGUCUGCUUUGAAACUUUAUGAAAAUCUUGGUUUUGUUCGAGAUAAGAGGCUGUUCAGAUACUAUUUAAAUGGAGUUGAUGCACUGCGGCUUAAAUUAUGGCUGCGUUGAGAAACUGACAUCAAGGAACAACUUUCCAACCAUGCAGAAACGACUUUUGCAUGCAAUGCAAUUUGUACAGAAUUGCUUUGCAGGUGGAUUUAGUAAUUUCCAUGCAGCUCUUAUCUGUCAGUGUCUCAUUUGAGUGUCGCACAAUAUUUGUUGCACUUUGGCAUGGCGCAUUUGUUCUGAAUUAAAAGAGGUCGUUUUAAACUUAAGGAGUUCUUUUGGUACCAACAAGAUGUGCCAGUUGAUAGCCAAGAUUUAUUUGUUCAUUUGCAAAGUCUGGUGACAAUGUUAUUUACACAGUGAUAAUUUCAUCACAGAACCAGUAAGUGGAACAUGAUUUUUGUUCCUUAAAAAAGCCAAUGUAGAUGGUAAAAAUCUCUGAGUAUACUAACAUUUUACAUGAAACCUGCCAUAGUUUUCUGAAGGGGGUGGGGGAAAAGCUUCAAUUUUAGGUUUUAUUUUUUCAAUAUUAAAUUUUCCAUUCUUGAAUAUUGGUACCUCAGUGAUUAGUGAAUGAAAAAUUGUUAUGUAGGCUUGGGUGUAUCUUACAAAGAGUAAAAGAUAACAAUUAAAUUGCGUCUGCCAGUGCCUGUGUAGAUAAGUAUAUUUGUCUCCAUCUCUGGUUUUUUAAUGCAUGCUAUCUUUUCCUUUUCUUUAAGGCCUUUGCAAGCAAACUCUUAUUUUUAUUUAAAUUCUAAAUUUGAUAAUAAAUUAUUUCAGAUUUUUAUAAUUUGGAUACUUUUUCCAGGUGAGUGAUAGAGUGUUUUACUGUAGAAGUCCCUUCUUUCCUUACAGUAAGAAGUUGAAUCUACUUGGAAAAUCUUUGAGAAAUAACUCGAAAGGGAUGAGAAAAGUUAAUGAAGCCGGGAAUUGCUGGGUUUUGGAUGCACUUUUUUUUGAGAGGGAUUUUCGAAAAGAAUAGAAAACUAAUGUAAAUUGGUAUGAUUUUAUUUAAUCAAUUAUUGCUAAACUGUGAGGAAUAGCUUUUACAGAGUAGUUGGAACUUUUUUCCCCACUUGAUUUGGAUUCCCACUGCUUCCAUUUCUUGAAAUGCUUCGCUUUUUGUUCUUGGUCUUGAAAAUAAAUUUCAAGGUGCACUGUAUCCAUUUUAAACUGAUUUUAUUUUCUUUUCACUUAUUUGUGCAAAUUUGGGGGGGAGCUUUGCUUAGUUCCCAGAAAAUCAAAAGGGAAAAAUGGAAAUAUUUUUUUGUAAUGAGUUCUAUGGGUUUUCUUAAUAGCCAUCACCAUGUUCAUUAGUUCCAUUGUGUUUUGGCCAGUCUGUGCAGUGUAACAAAUUUUAAGGUCGAUUGCUUUUGAGUCAAGAAAAUUGUGAUGGAUAAUUUAUUUGACUGGAAAACCUAGGUACCCAUUUAAAAAAAAAAAAAAGAUUCAUUCUCUGUGAAAAAUGUUUUGUAGGAAUCUGUUGUUUUUUUCUUUAAUUUGGGUAUGCUUUACUUCUGCUCUAGGAUUUGGUUUGAAUUUUAUUUUAUGGCUAUAAUUACUGUAUUUUUAAAAACCCUACCUCCAUUAACAGUUGGCAAAAGCCCCCUUUCAGGAAAGUUUGUUGCCUUUUUUUUUUUUUUUUUAAGGGAAAGCUGCUCCUUGCUCAGUGUAGUGUCUUGAAAGUGAACAUGGUGACAGUACUUUUAAAAUAAAGGUACACAAAUUUGGUGAAAAUAAAAUUUUCCUGUUGUUGAUGGAGUCAUUUAUAGUUCUUAUUUUUAAAGAAAACCUUUUCUUUCCAUUUUAUAUUGCUCUUGAAAGUUUAAUGGGCAGAAUACUGGUUACAUUAAAAAUAUGAUGACCACACAAUACUCAGCUUUUCAGCUGACCGUUUUGAGUACAUUUUUGGUCAAACUUCCUUUGGGCAAUAGUAUUUAGAGGAAUAUCAGUCAUAGCGAUGCUUCUGUCAUUUUUAAUAUGGAGGGAAUUGAAGUAAUAAAAUAGCUCAGUACUUUCAUUAUCAAAUUUUAUCUCACCACGUUAUAUAACUUGCCGAUUCUUAGGUAAUGAUUGUUGAUGGGCAUACAUUUGCUUGGCUCACUAAUGGGGAUAGUUCUAAAGUAGAUACAUGCUAGAUUUUUAGCUCAGCCAUUAAUUUUUCUGGCAGAUUGUUAGUGAAACCAUCACUACUUAUCUUUUCACCCAGAAUUGACCAGAUUUUGCUUAAGUGUUUUAAACAUGAACUUGACCAUGUGACUGAAAAGUCAGAUGGUUUUCAUAUUGUUCAACUGGUGUGUGUUGAAUAUCUGUGUCUACCUUAUGUCUUUAAUUGGAUGUGCAGAAACUGCUUAAGUAGGCUAAAAUUUCAUCCUCUAGGUGUGAUAACCCAGCACGAGAAUUAAGUCUCCAUUCCAGUUGAAGGAGCAUCAAACAUUAAUUUACUUUUUGAUAUUGGGCUUUCAUUUUUCUUAUCUAAUCUUAAAACAAUUCCAUUUAAAAUCAAUAGAGUUCACUUGACUAAAACUGAGCAAAAUUGGUGCAACUUUCUUUUAACGGGGUGCUGCCUCUUUUAAGACUGACUGUACUAUCCACUGACACUGGUUUGGCAGUUGGUACUGCUGAACAUUUUAAUAUACAUGCUACCAUGAAGCUAUAUAUUAUAGGUAUUGAAGAAGCUAACGGGUAUACUACCAUUUUUGAUGUGUGGGCUGAUUAUAAUUUCCCUUACAUUAGAAUGAAACUACUCUACUAAAGAAGUCCACAGAUCAUAAACCAGACAGUAGUUUUGAAGCCAACAAAAUAAAGAAAAAGUUACUAUUAAAAAAUUGGCUUUAAUAUUUUCUGCCUCUUCCCCAAAUUAACCCUCCCCAUUUGCUCGACAAAUCUAUGUAAAGAAGUUUGUUUGUCACUUGUUUUAACUUUACCUUGCCCUGUGUUAUGGUUUUGGCUGACAUGUAUAAGACUGGAUGUGUAUAUUUAUUAUGGUAUCUAAAAAUCAUGAAGUUCAUCACUUUCCAGGAGCAUAGAUAAAAGCAAAUUGGUAGUGCAUCAGAGUUACUUUUCAGUGCACCAUGUCAUCACUAAAAUGAGUGCUAUAAUGUUACAGGGCUUUCAGGUUUGUAAAAACAUAACCAUAAAUUAUAUUGACGUCAGAUAUGAGUUGAGUAUCUAUAAACUAUCACGUGUAUCUCAAAUAUUGGACUGCUGUUUGAUGACUGGAUAUUGCUGCAUAAUUUUCUUCUAUUGUCCCAUAUCCUUUUGGAGAGAGAGAUUUAAUGGGAUUUGAAAUGUGCAAGCUGUCUAAAUAAGAUGCAGUCAAAUAAAGUAUGGUUAAGUUGUGUUUGCAUUUUUCUUUUA